AUGGCCAAAUCAUCAAACGAUAUCAGUAGUAAUGAUAGUCAGUUGCAACGGUGCUCGGAGAGAUCCCGUCGGGUCAGCGUUCUUGCAAGCUGUUACAGUGUGAACACUAUCACCUCCACAGUUACUGGGUUCCACUACUGCACCACUAUGGGCACCGGGUUUAAGCCGUCUUCACGUCCUCCCCUUGACUUGUCCAUCAUUCCCGGCCUGGGAAUCAGCUGGCCAGGGAACAACUUAUCGGAGCAUAAAGGGGAGGCAACGCAUGCUAUUCCGGAAGAGUGUGAGAGGCUCUUCUGCGAGCACCUGUCUGUGAUAUUCCUUGGUGAGAGGAGAUUUACUGAGCAGGAGUCGCCUGGGAUGGGUGCGUAUCAAAGCCAGCCAGAAAUUGUCGAGGCCAUGCACACGCCGAUCCAGCAUUGGCUUGAGGUUUUGGACUACACGAACGACGUUACAUAUCGAGGGUUCGUGACUAGCACGAAUGAUGGCCAACCAACCAUAUUCGUGUUCUUCUCUGACCAGACUUUGGGCCACGGCCUCAAAACUGGUCUGGUGGCAUUAUUCGAGCUUGCAAGUAUUAGUGCAUUUCAAUGCCUUCAAAUUGUUGCUUGUAUCCCGCGUCCGCACAAUGCGGUCGAGCUCGAAAUCGUCAGGAACCUUGGGUGGUGUGGUUUUAAUCUAACUACCCUGCAACAAUGGAGUGUCGAAAAUGACCUCAGUCAUACAUUGAGCGAUAAGUGGCUCUUCUUAAGCGCCGAGCGUCACGGUUAUGGUAGAAGAGAAGCUCUGAUGUUUCCUAAGUUUCUACUUCGUCCAGGUAUCUUGCGCCCCAGACAGGUUGCAACCCCGGGGCCGUCAUCCGGACUAGACCCAAUACCUUGUUCGGAGGAGACGAGUAACGACACCAAUAAAUUCUUGAUGGGCCAUGUGUCCUGUAUCCGUUGCUCUCAUUGCGCGGCAGAUUUAUGCUUGACGUCGCAAAUAAUCAGCAAAGGUUUCACUGGCCGUCAUGGCCGCGCGUUGCUUGUGUCUGCACGAAUCAUUGCCAGUGCGGUUUCUAUUAGUCCAUCUUCCACAGCAACAGACUGUCUCCCAAAUACCAUCGUGCAGAAGCCCGUACCUCGUCGAUUGGUGACCGGUGCGCACAUGGUAAGCGAUCUAAAUUGUGCCCUCUGUGGAACUGUACUCGGCUGGAAAUAUGUUGCCGCAGAGGAGGAAUCGCAACGCUACAAGGUCGGCAAGUUCAUACUAGAGACCGAGAAAAUUACAACGUCGCCGUUCUGGGAGUCUGCACCGAAGGUCAAUCUGGUUCUUGAUUUUGAGACCCCAUGCUCUGAAGAACACCGGGAAAGCUUAUUGGAAGACGGUAUAGAGUUCGACAGCCAGGAUGAGGAUGAAUGCGAAGAUCUCUUCGCGGGAAUCUGGAGUCCUGGUCUAGCUAUGCGCCGCAAAAGUCGCAAAAUGGAACAUCAUCUUUCUAGGUUUAGACACAACCCAUCAUGA